AUGGCCGGUUCAAAGCGAAACAAGAUCAAGAAAGCCUUCAGCCCCAAGUCAGCGGCUGAACAGGCUCCAGUCAGUGAUGCCAAUGACGAAGAACUCAUGGACGAUCUCUUUGCCCAGCUCGACUCAAGAGAGCAAACUAGUGCUGUCAAGGGCGAAUCAGCUACAAUAAUUCAUGAUAUUCAAGCAAAGCAAGUGGCAGAGCAGUCGACUUCACCACCCCCUAGGAAACAAGACCCGAAGAACCGCCAUCAAGCCCGCCAGGCCAGGAGAGCUGCAGCAUUUGCUGAAAGCUAUCCCGAAUCUGACCCGAAUGUCGCAGCACGUUUAGAACGGGAAGCAAAGCAGGAGGAAGAAAUGAUCAAGAGCACAUGCGAUCAGCUAAACCUCCAUAUUUACGAUAUCAAUCCAGACGGGCACUGUAUGUUCUCUGCUGUCGCAGACCAGCUUGCUCUUUUACAGUUAAUUCCGGAAAGUCAAGCAAAUUACGCUAGCGUUAGAGACGUAGCCGCAAGAUACAUGUUCGCCCACCCCGAUAACUUCAUUCCUUUUCUUCCUUCCUCGGUUGGCGAAGACGGUGCAGGCUCUACAGAUGACACAGGCCUCAUGACUCCUGCUCAGUUCGAGCGAUAUUGUGCAUCAAUACGGGAUACUGCUGUAUGGGGCGGAGAACCUGAGAUUCUUGCCCUAAGCAGGGCUUACAAUAUCCCAAUCCAUGUUGUGCAGGGUGGAACGCCUCCUGUUGUCGUGCAUACACCAACUGGAGAAUCUCAGGAACCUGACGCGACCGCGAAAGCCGUUCGCAUAAGCUACCAUAGGCGAAUGUACGGGCUAGGAGAGCACUACAACUCUUUGCGACCUAGGUCAAGUUUAACAGCUGUUACAGAUAAAAUUUCUUCUAUCUUGCGAUAA